CAGCGGACGGGACGGUCUACAAGGGCGGCGCUUAGUGCCGUUAGUUUAUUUUCACGACAAGUUGCAACUAAUUCUCCUUUCAGAAAGGCUUUGGGUGACUUUUGAGAUGGAUCCGGGUUGAAAGUGGUUCAGCUGGAGGGUAUUUAGGUUUGGAUGUGGAACAGGAUGCCAGCUUGGGGCAUCUGAGCUGUAAACACUCUAUAGCAGGACAACGUGGACAUGUUUGGUUUCUCCAAAAUGGCAAAGUUUUCCAGCCAAAAGAACAAAACAUCGGGGUGGCCACCUCCAGGCGCGAGCUCCUGGGGAGGACUACAGGGGCCUCCCUACACCUGGGACAACAUGAACAACAGCAGGGACGGACCGGACUACCUCACCAACCAAGUGUCCCAGAGCAGCUCCCUGGAGGAGGUUCAUCAAGAAGGGGUCCCUCCUGCACCUCGGCUUGUCGAGAUGAGGCGAGACCCUAUCCUUGGUUUUGGCUUUGUGGCAGGAAGUGAAAAGCCGGUGGUGGUCCGUUCUGUGACACCAGGUGGUCCUUCAGAGGGCAAACUGAUGCCACGCGAUGAGAUCAUCGUGAUCAACGAUGAGCCCGUCAGUUCGGCUCCCAGAGAACGGGUCAUCGACCUUGUCAGGAGCUGCAAAGAAUCCAUCCUACUGACAGUUGUUCAACCAUAUCCUUCCCCUAAAUCGGCAUUCAUCAGUGAAGCGACUAAAGCCAAGCUCAAGUCCAAUCCGGUCAAAGUGCGCUUUGCAGAGGAGGUCAUUAUCAACGGACCAGUUCCUAACUUAGUAAAGGACAAUUCUCUGCUGUUCAUGCCAAAUGUCCUGAAGGUCUACCUGGAGAAUGCACAGACAAAGUCUUUUCGUUUCGACAGCAGUACCUCAAUCAAGGAUGUGAUUUUGACCCUGCAAGAGAAGCUGUCUAUCAAAUGCAUUGAGCACUUCUCCCUGAUGUUGGAGCAGAGGACAGAGGGCUCUGGGAGCAGGCUGCUCCUCCUACACGAGCAGGAGAUGCUUACUCAGGUGACUCAGAGGCCCGGCUCUGAAAAGAUGAAAUGUUUGUUUCGGAUCAGUUUCGUGCCCAGGGAUCCUGUGGAGCUGCUUCGCAGAGAUGCUGUUGCCUUUGAAUACCUCUACGUACAGAGUUGCAACGAUGUGGUCUGGGAGCGGUUUGGCCCGGAGCUGAAGUACGACGCUGUGCUGCGACUGGCUGCACUUCAGAUGUACAUCCUCACCAUGACCACCAAGCAGAGCCAGAAAGUCUCGCUGAAAUACAUCCAAAAGGAGUGGGGUCUGUCUCUAUUUCUGCCUCCCUCUGUGCUGUCCAGCAUGAAGCAGAAAAACAUCAAGAAGGCUCUGACGCACAUCCUCAAAACCAACCAGAACCUCGUGCCUCCGGGGAAAAAGCUGACUGCUUUGCAGGCUAAGGUCCAUUACCUGAGGUACCUUAGUGAACUCCGACUGUACGGAGGGAGGGAGUUCAAAUCACUCCUUUUGCAAGGAGACAAACAGACAGAAGUGACACUGUUGGUGGGCCCACGUUACGGCAUCAGUCAUGUAAUCAACACCCGGACCAACCUCGUGGCUCUCCUGGCCGACUUCAGCCAUGUCAACCGCAUCGAGAUCCUCACAGAAGAUGAAACCAACGUCCGUCUGGAGCUGCAUGUACUGGAUGUCAGACCCAUCACACUGAUCAUGGAAUCAAGCGAUGCAAUGAACCUGGCCUGUCUUACAGCAGGCUAUUACCGCCUCCUAGUGGACUCCAGGAGAUCUAUCUUCAGUAUGGCCCACUGCAACAGCAUCAGUGGAGAUGAUUCAAGUCAGGAUCAUGUCCUGGAGUGGCCAUACAGCACAUCUUUGGGGGACUGCGAGGAGCUAAUACAGACCCAGAGGGAUGUCUACAGGGGUGAAGAAUAUUCAGACACUGGCCAGAGAGAAAAUAACACCUCAGCUUACUUUCAUGAAUCGGAGCAUCAUGACAAAGACCUCGAAGAACAGAAAAGUCCAGUGCCUCCUCCACUACCACCUUCAACUAGGCACAAACCUCAAGACUCUCCUCGGAGUGCCAAAGUAUCAUUUAUUUUUGGGGGAAACCCACCGUUGAGCAAAUCAAAGAAUGUAUGUUAUGAAAGACUGUUGGAGAGUCCUGAUGUGCUUGAGCACAGAGCACCCCUCAUGCACAGCAGCACCGUAUUUCAGUAUAGUGGUCAGCCACACGUCUACAGUAAUAUCGGACAACAGGAAUGCAGUGAGGAGCCAUUGCUAAAACAUCUCUGUUAUCCUGAAACAACAGACUAUGCAGAGGAUGAUGACGAUGCAUCCUGUGAAGAAGACUCCACAGGUGGCACUCCAGUGGGUGAUGACCAGGAAGGUGGCAAUGAAAACUACAGCAAAGGAGGAGGAGGACCAGCAACAGCAGCCAGCAAAGCUACCUUCCUCACACUUUCUGGUUCUUCUGAUGACAUUAUUGACCUGACGUCACUUCCUCCUCCAGAGGGAGAUGAUGGCCUUGAUGACGAUGAAGAUGACACCCUUUUGGAGACGCUCAACCUUGCAAUUGCUGCUCCACCACCAGGCUUUCAGGACAGUUCAGAUGAGGAUGCAGCCCAAGAGGGACAGUCACAAAGCAUGCAUGAAGAUGACGAUAUCCCAGUAUCCCUAAUUGAUGCAAUUUCAAUGCAGGAGGAUGGUGGAGGUAGUGGAGAAGGGGAAGAAAAGCUGGAGAAUGCAGUGAUGAACACACUACAGGUCCUGGAGGCAAUGUCUGUCUCUGAACAGAGACCUCCUCCACCACCACCGCAUUGCAGCAAUCCAGGUGUCUAUACAUCUCGAAACUUUAGUCCACAGUCCUCCUCAGAUUCUGGCAAUGAGACCAACUCCUCAGAGAUGACUGAAAUCUGUGAACUGGCUGCUACUCAUAGGCUUACUGAGAGUCGUAUGCAUCUUCUAGUGGCUACUAGAGAAGGGUACCAACCUUUACUUGAGGAAAAAACUGAAUUCCCUGUCUCACCUAAUACAGUAGCAUCAUUACAGAAGAAACCCCAUAACCCUUCACGGCAUCUCCAGCCUCCAGUGAUUCCUCCCAGACGGAGUCCCCAAAUUGACAUUGCUUCAUCAGGAGCUUGCAACUUGGUGUUAAAGUCCCAGACUCAUGUUUCCUCAACUGUCCAACGCUGUAGCUCCACCACACCAGGAGGCAAGCAUCAGAAAAAGUCUGCAGACUCUGGUGGGAAGUAUAACACCUUUAGCACAAGGGAAGGGCACCGUGGCAAUAGCGGUAGCAGUGCUAGCCUUUCUAAUAUGGACCAGUACCCUUCAUUCUAUAAACAAGGGGAAAGUCAAAGAAGACAGAAUUAUUUUUUAGGAGAAACAUCUGUCGUUGACAGCCUUGGAGUGAACAGCCUUCCUCGAGAGCGGCACAGAAGCCCCCGCCCUACUCCUGCUAUCACCGAUCACCUUUUAGAUGCUGCCAACUUAGGGGAGUGUCGUACUGAAAAUGGAGCUGUAUCUGUUGAGCAAGAUGAGCAUCUUGUUGUGGCAUCAUUGUUGUCUCCUAACAAAAAUUCCAGAUCAGGGGGUUCAACCAAGGGGUCAGACAUACAAAGUGACCAUCAGGCAAUAGCAAGGCAGCAGAGUGUUGCACGGCUGUGUGAGUACCAUCUUGCCAAAAGAAUUUCAGGUUUACAAGGAGAAGUCCACAGUUCACUACAGGGCUCUCUGUCCUCAUCAUUUGAUGCUGGUGGAAGCACAAACAGUAGUGUCUGUGCAACUCCAAGUGGUUCACCUCUUGGAUGUGGUCCAGUUGAAUCAAAGCACCCUCAUCUCCAAAGGCAUCCACUUUCCAGUUCAUCCUCUUCAUUACUCAGGGUCUUAAAUUAUGAAGAUAACAAACAUGGAACCAUCCACAGCAUCCCUGGACAGAGCAUUCAGGCAAAAGAUAUCCACCCACAUGCAGACCCAGCCCUGCUACGGAAAAUGCUGCCCAACAUUUAUCCCCCUGCUGCUGGAGCUGAACCAUGCCACCCAUUGUCCACAACAUCAUCUAUGCCUAAAGAAACCACAAGUAGUGCAAACAAAAGACUCCACAAUGAUCUGCAAGCAAAACAGCAGGCUUCUUCUAAGGGGCUGAAUCAGAAAGAAGGUAGUGAGGCCUACAGGCAGCUAAUAAACUAUCUAACAGUCAGCCAGAUGCAUCAAGGAGGGAAGCUGCAUGGUGCAGGCAUGGGAGGUGCAGUGAAAAAGGACACUAGGCGCUACAUCACAAGUAAUCCUCAGCUUGUUGAGAUGGUCAAGAAUAGGAGCAACACAAUUGGCCGCUGUCAGUGUAUGCCUUCCUCCAUAUCUUCCCCAUUCCUUUGUCCUAAUUCACUUAACCAGGGUUCAGCCACUUUGCAGCUGGCAAAUAAAAAUACCAGAUUGUAUCAUUCAUCCACACUUCCUGCCAAACUCAAGGGGAGUCAAGGAGACUUGCAUGCUCAGAAGCCAAAUGAGAGUGUAGAUUUGAGACGAGCUACCAGUGAGAGGAGAAGCUCUUUUUCUGGUCUUGAAGGUGAGCUAGACCAGGGUGGUAUGGACCCAAAGGACCUCCAAUCAGUGUGUAAAAGAGAUGGCUACACAAACCAUGAUGAAGGAUUUAUCACAGGUGGAGAACAUGAGGCUUGGAAUACCACCAACUGCCUUCCACCUAGGUCAAGGAGCCAACCUAGUGGGAGCGGAGAUGACGGGUUUAAAUCAGAACAGAGGGCAAAGCAUGCAAUUCGACAGUCAUCUCAUCCUCUUCUUAACGAUUCACUUUUUUUAUCUGCCUCCAGUGUAACUGGUCAACAAUCAGAUUUAAACACUCUCGCAUUAGGAAGAGGAGACCAUCCUUCAGCUUUUAUCAAACAGGGAUCUAAUGGCACUCAAGUACAUGUUACAUCACCAACUCCAAAACAGCAAUCUCCACCUACUCCACCACCGCCACCUCCUCCUGCAUCUGUAUUUUUGCAACCUAAGGUCACUUCCAGCAACUCAGCAUGCACAAAUGAUUCCAUCUACACCUCGCAGUCCAGGCAGUCUCAGAACCACAUUCAGGCUCAUACUUCAACCCUGCCACAAACAGCUCCUUACAGCAAUAGCCUUCAACGAGGCCGGGAACUCAAGCGCAGUGCCAGCAAUGUAACUCCCUGUUCUGGAAGUAUGGAGGUUUUGUUUGAGAAGCCCAGCCGAAGUCGGAGCCAACAACUCUUGUCACAGCCUGUGCACCAGCAAGGUGAGACCAAAGUCCAACGUAGGCCAACAAGGAAACGGCUUUCCAAGAGCUACUCUCAAGGCUCUGUAUCUUCACAGACAUGCUGGUCAACAGGUAAUAGGGCAGAUAGAAGAAGGGCAUCUGUGGUAUUUCCUUUACAGAAAGAUGGUAAACAAAUGAAGGGUUCUCAAAAAUUAGACAACAGUCCCUGGAGAUGCAAUGGGCCUUUUAGCUACUGUUUCUUUAAGCGGAAGACUGAGGGAGAAGAGGAUGAAAUUGAGUGGGAGAAGCCAAGGAGGAGUUGUGGUGGGACUGAUAUUGACAGUGAAGGUGGUGCUAUAUCAUCAGUAUCACUAUGUGAGUCAGCGAUGGAUUCAGCGGGGGAGCAGAUAUAUGGAGAGGUCCUCAACAGUAUGAGCUUCAGUGAUCGCCUGGCCCGUAUCAACACACUCAAGGACCAUAUGUACAGCUUCCCUGCAGGCUUCACAGAUGCCCGCCGUGAUGCUAGUGAGCUUAUUGCACUGGUGAGAUCCAGUAUAGGUCGCUGUGAUCGUGGUGCUCAGAUUCCUCAUAUCCAGAACAUAUCCCAGUGUAAACAGCUACUCUCUGUUGAGUCAAAAGAGUUAGGCCGGGCAUGCCGGAGGAUGGCACAGGCCCAUGGUAGUCCAAAGGAGAUGCUGCUGUCUGUUACCUGUAGCUUCCAGGUACUAUGCUGUCUCUGUGAAGCCUGCAUGUGGCUAGUGAAGGCACUUGGACCCUCAGCAUCACACCAACAAAGGGAGGUUGUGGCAAAGGUUGAUGAGGUUGUUAUGAACUAUAUCUGUUUGCUCAAAGCAGCUGAGGCAGCCGCCGUGGGAGCACCAGGAGAGAACAGUGUAAAAGCCUUGUUCCGGCACUCCAGCACCAUGUCGGCCAUUGCGAACGCACUUACCCGCUCUCUUAAAACAUUGCUUAGCAAGUAGAGGCUCAUUCUUAUGCUUUUGAGUGAGGCCAGGGGUUACUAGAGAUCUAAAUAGUCAUCAUGUUUUCUUGCAUCUUGUUUAAAUAGCCAGAGUAUUUGAACACAAGAUGUGGAUACAUAUCAAAAUAAGUGAUAGACUGGUUACAGUUGGACUUGACAUGAAAUUUCCAUAGGACUCAGAUGCAAAAGAUGAGUUAGAUACUGAAAGGCAGUCCUUGUUCACUGAAUUACAAUAUUGUAAUUGUACUGUACUUUCACAAAGCCAUACUGUAACAGACUCUUGUUGUACCCCUUUUACCUGUGCAUUAUGUAACUUAUUUAAAAAAAUGUAUAAAAUGUAUAUAGAUAGGAAAUAAGUAUAUUAUUUACUGUGACAGUUAGAAGAAACCAUUAUGUAUUCACUUUGAUUUGCUCGAAUAGUGGACAGGGCUAUUGUGAACUCACUUUGUGCAUAAAGUGUAGUAUAUUACUACAGUUACUUACUGUAUGUAGUAACUGUAAUUACACUACA